UUUUUCAGAUUCUUGUAAUCUCCUCCUUCUCUCUCUAUUACAUAUAUAUACACACACUCCCCUACCACAAUGAAACGUUAGGGUUAGAAUUGGGCCGCCGUUUAUUCCUUCCUCCGAAUAGAAAAAACCUUUAGGGUUACGGAUCUGCCAAUUUUUUUAUCCUCUCAACAUAAAGAAUCUUUGCGAUUGCCACCUCUUCUUCUAUGCUAAACUUUUUUGAUAACAUUAGAUAAUAUGAGGAAAGGAUUCUUCAAAGUUUUUGAUCCUGAAACAAGUGCACAACGGAUGAAAAUCCCCACAAGUUUUAUCGAUUACAUGAAUGGAAAGUUAACAAGGAAGGUUUCCCUUAGAGAUGGGUUUGGGAAUAUGUGGCCUAUUGGAGUGACCAAAAUAGGAUGUGAUUUUUAUUUUCAUUAUGGAUGGACGAAAUUUACGAAGGAUAAUACUCUAGAAUUUGGUGACUUUUUAAUAUUUGAUUAUGGUAAAAAUGGAGAAUUUGACUUAAAAUUACUUGCAAUAAAUGGAUGUGAAAAGAAAGGCGAUGGAGGUGAAAAGAAAAGGGAAGAAAGGAAUAUGGAACAUCAAAUCAAAAUAGAACCAAAAAUGAAGAAUUUGUCUAGGGAUAGCAGCAGUGGUUCUUCUUCUGAUGAUAGUGAUGAGGAUUACGUGGAAGAAGAAGUAGAAGAGGAUGAAGAGAAUGAAAUGGAACCACGGUCAAAACAUAUAUACAAGGAAAAGGAAGAAGAAGAUGAGGAGGAAGAAGAUGAAGACGAGAAUGAAAGGGUUGGCACACUUAUGAAUAAGACGCCACGCUCAAAAGCUAGAUGCAAGAGGGCUACUUAUCAUAAGGUAAGUGGUCGUCAUGACCAAUUUGGUAAAGAUAUAUUCAGAAGUGGACGUGCAAUUCAACCAGAAAAUCCAUACUUCAUAGCGAAAGUACGAGUAAAAAGGAAAGAUGAACUGUACGUUCCAGUUGAUGUGGUAAGAGACUACAAACUUGACAUCCCUUCAAGCAUGAUCAUUCGUGAUUCUGCUGGCAGAGAAUUUCAGACAAAACUCAAGAUUUGGGGGGACGGUAGAAUAUGGCUAGUUGGCGGAUGGCGUAGUUUAUGUAAUUGGAAUCUUGUGGAUAAAAAUGACAUAUGUAUAUGUGAAUUUGUGAGAGAAAAAUGCAGUAAAGGUCUUUACUUACAAGUUCAAGUUCUCUAUGAAGGUUCAAGUUCCCAUCCAAACAAGAAAUAUAAGAAAUAGUUUGCUGCUAUUUAAUGUAACAUUUUAAUUUUCUUAGCCUUUAGUGUUGUUGUAUGUUGAAAAUUGUUGAACACAACUAGUUGUUUGUUUACAAAAUCAUGAUGGUUGUUUUACUUAGAAUUAUUGCUUGAUAAAAGAACUGAAGACUAUUUCAAUGUGAUCCUAA